AUGAGCUACCUGGAUGAAGUUCCCUUCCGCAAGGCCUGGAGCCUCGAUGGGGACUCAGGGGAAGAAAACACUUCAAUCACUGCCCUGGCCAUCGAGGUCCCUGACUGCACCGACAUCCUCAUGAGCACCAUGUAUGACUUCUCACUGGAAAGGAAAGUGCUUUACUGGGUCGAGGUGGCCUCUCAGCAGCAAACCUCCCGCCAUCGGGUCACUUCUGAAGUCGUCCCCACGGCUCCACCGUGCUGGCUGCUGCUGGUGGACCCUGCUGACCGCUACGGAGGGAGAGCACGGGACGGGCCCGUGCGGCGCAGCAUCAGCCUGAGCGCUGGCAGGGGUGCCUUGUCUGACACCGAGAGCGAGACCUGGUACUCGGAGGAGGACGAGUACUCAGAGGAUGACGAGUACUCCUCGACCUCCUGGGAAGAGAGCGACAAGGAUGAAAAGGUUUCCAGGAGGAGAAACGCUGGGAGAAGUGUGGCUCCACGUCCUGGCUUUUGCCAGACCCGACCAAAGACAUCACCUGGCGUGCUGGAGCCCUUGCCCUUGCAUGAGAACAGCGUCCGCGGCACAGCCAGCCCAGUCCUGAGCAAGCAGAGAAGAUCCAUGGUGAUAUUCAACAACAUGAAGAACGAGCUGGAGGCGGCCAGGAGGAAGCUGGCUGCUUUCGUGCAUCCUUUGAACAGAGGUGCUGUGGAGAGCAGGGUCCCGGUGCCACGGCCACUGCCCCAGCGUCCCCACACCAGCCGCGGCGUCAGGUUCCGGCCAUCCCCGGACGUGUCCCACCUGGGGCCCUUUGUUCCAUCGCCUCCGGCCGCGCCGAUCCCCCCCAUCAAACGGCAUAAGCCCACGGUGCCGUCCCUCAGCCCUUACGCCUGCCUCCCCCCUGCCUCUGCGCCUGCACGACCCCUCAGCUCCUGCAGAUCCCAACCGGAUCCGGCCGCUGACCUGCUCUCAGCACUGAGCCAAGAGGAGCGAGACCUCAUCGAGCCCGUGAUAGCCUUGGGCUACCCCACCCACAAAGCCAUCCUCACCCUCCAGAAGACUGGAAGGCAAAGCUUAAGUCAG